AGAAUAGGUUCACCGUGACCACCACCACCUGGGCCACUGACGUUGGACUGUAACCAUCCCUGCAACAAUGGCCGGUGCUUCUGCAGCAGAUGUUCGAAGCAUACUGUCCCUACCUACCCCUUCCACACCAGGCCCUUCUCAGCCUCGUAGGACUCCUGGUACGGCUGAAAAGACUCGCAAGCCCGAGGGUAUCUCAAGAGAAUUGUACUCGCUGAUCGGUCCGUCCGCUCCAACACUUACGGUCCAACUUGCAAAACCUCGAUUGAAGCAGAAGCCUAACCUCGGCGGUGGCGGUCGAGUGAAAUGGGAGUGGAGGUCGUUCAACAAUGGCGCUCGGGACGACAAACUGGAACUUUUCCACUGGGUUAAGGCUGGGACAGAUCCUGAGGCUGACUACCCUUUCGCGAAAUAUAACGUCCAGCCGAUGUCUUAUGUCUACUCCCAAGAUGAAUAUACGCGGCUUCUCGAAGACAAGGACUGGACAAAGGAUGAAACGGACUAUCUAUUCGGCCUCGUGAAGGACUAUGACGCAAGGUGGUACAUCGUGCACGACCGCUAUGAGUACGAGGGCGGACCUGAGAGAAGUAUGGAGGACUUGAAAGAUCGCUACUAUAGCGUCUGUCGCAAACUUGUCAGGAACCGGCCUUGGGCUGGCGAUGAAGCGAGCAAGGCGCAGCUCAUCACCAGCCUCACCUUUGACAAGGAUCGCGAGGUGACACGUAAGAAGUACAUUGCGAGCCUCGAGACCCGAACACCACAGCAGAAAGCCGAAGAGGAUGCCCUCUACAUCGAGCUGAAGCGACUAGAACAAGGCGAGCGACGUUUCAAGCGGGACAGAGAGGAGCUACUCAGGACCGUGCUCGGGAUUGAGUCCGGGCUAGUGGACCUCCCGAUCGAGGAGGACGGUUUGAACUCUGCCACCGUCGAUACGAGGAAGAAAAAGAAGGGACAAAUGAGCGCCACGGCCGAACCGGAAACGCCUGCAUCGUCAACGUCGAAUGCACCCAACGUCAUCUCGCUCGGUCAACCUCAGACCAAGAAGUCCCAGUCGGCGAGUUCUGCGAGAUACGACGCGACGCACUGCAUACAACGCACCGAAGUCCCUGCAACGACUUCUACCACCACCAAGUCCGCUCAUGUGCCAGUGUACCUCAGGUCGUACAAGCUGCCACAGUCAAAGUCGCCGUCAGCUGCGAAAGUCGCCCAGGUACUAGGGGAGCUGGGCAUAUCCCACACGCGCCUCGUCAUGCCCACUCGAGAGAACUGCGCGCAACUCGAGAACCUUCAGGAGGCAGCCACGGCUCUGGUCGACACGAAGAAAGUCGUCGACAAGGUGGAGCAAGAUAUCCGCAUCAUGAAAGCUCGACUGGGCCAGCAGGAGUCCGGAGGAGGCGAGGAGGGUGACGCAGCACCCACGCCGAUGGACGUAGACGACGGAAACGAUGCGGAAGGUGAAGUCGACGGCAGGGCUCAGAGUGUCGUCAGCACGCGGAGCACGAGAAGCCGGAGACCUUCUCGCCGUUCAAUGUCGAUCUCAUCCGUGGAUACGUCGGCGACCGGUGCUGUCAAGAGGCAAAAGCGCGGGUGAUC